AUGUCAGGGAGUAUAAAAUGCUUGACGGUCGAUUCUCCUGCCGACAGACAAGGGCAAAUUUUCUCCAGUGAUCAUGCAUCUACCCAGGAGUCCAAGCAACUGUCCCAAUAA